UAACAUAAGACUAAUCCGUUAAAACCUUUGAAGUUUGGCAAUCAGUUAUCAUUAGCAUUAGAUAAAAAUUCGUAUAAAACGCCGUGUAAUUAAUCGAAAAUCAUAGUUUGUGUUCACAAAACAACAAAUAACAAAAAUGAAAUUCUUGCUGACUGUUGCUGCCGUCAUCGCCGUGGCCGUCGCUGUGCCCACACAGCGUGGCCUCGUGGCCCCCGGACCCGCCGGCCCCGUGCCCGCGCCUGAGUUCGUGCCCAUCGCUGUUGGCCCCGCCAUCAUCGACUCCUUCGAGCCCAUCGCCGUAGGACCCGCUGUCGUCGAUUCCUUCGAGCCCAUCGCCGUCGGACCUGCCCUAGUCGACAACUUCGAGCCCAUCGCCAUUGGACCUGCCCUCGUUGACGCCAUCGAAGGCAUCUCUGUCGGCCCCGCUCUCGUCCCAGCUGAAGAAUCCGUCAUCGCCCCCUCCCCCGUGUCCGUCGUCGAUGGAGCCGCCGUCGCCGAGGUUGCUUCCAGCGCUCCCCUCGUCCAAAUCAUCCUGAACAUCAACCAGGCUGCCUCUGAGGCUAGCCCCAGCCCCAUCGCCGUCGGACCCGCCGUCAUCCCCGAGGAAAUCCAGCCUACACCCGUCCAAGUUGUGGACUCCGCCCCUGAACCCGUGCAGGUUGUUGAGCCCGCACCCAUCGCCCCUAUUGCCGUGAACCCCAUCGGUGUUGUCGCCCCCGAGCCUGUCCAGGUCAUCGAGGCUGCCCCCGUCCCCGCUGAGCCCGUCGUCAUCGGCACCCCCGUGCUGCCCGAGGCCGCCAUCGUCCUCCCUGAGGCCCUCAACUAAACAAUUAAACAGCAAAAUAUAUCUACACAAAUAUGUAAUUAAGAAUGCCAUUUCAAAUCUAUAGUUACUGAUAUUUUCAACAACUAUGCUGUAAAUCCAUGUAUUUUUACCAAAAAACUGAAGAAAUAAAUCAGAUCUGAGUGAAUUAA